AUGUCAUCGGCUUCAUCGGCUGGCUCGGAUUCGGAGGACGACCGAAUGACCACUCGUUCUGCGCCUGCCACCACCUACCGCCCUAUCGCACCGCUUCCACACUCACCCCGUGAUACAUCGCCAUCGGCACGCUCCGCAGCAGCAGACUCGAGCAACCACGCUGAAUCAUCCAUGCAUUCCAGACUGCACCAGAGCGACGCUGCGUCCGUAGCCUCGUCCAACUCGAACUCGAACUCCUCGGGAAGCGCCUCUGCAAAGGCAGCUGCGCCUGCUAUGCGACACGCCCUCCCACCUAAACCUGUCACUGCCAUGCCGGGAUCUUCCAACACUGCCGCCAGCUCGUCCUCGUCCGCCGCCAUGAACGGUGCCUCCUCGUCUGCGGCAGCCGCAGCCAAAGCCAACAGCGCCAAGCGAUCGCGCGUCGACUCCUCCCUCGUCCCCCAGGUUCCCAAGGUCCCCAAAACCGCCACAGAGAAGGAAAACACCCCGCGCCUCAUCGUCGUCCUCGAACAAGCCUGUCUUGAGACUUACAAAGUUUCCACGGGCUCCGCCUCCCGAGGUGGUCCCGGCGGCGGCGGACGCAACAACAAGGACGGCGGUGACAAGUACGCCCUUCUCAACUGCGACGAUCACCAGCGCGUGCUCGCCAAGAUGGGGCGCGACAUCGCCGAAGCCCGACCCGACAUCACCCACCAGUGCCUGCUCACGCUCCUCGACUCGCCGCUCAACAAGGCCGGUCUGCUCCAGGUGUACAUCCACACCGCGAAAGGCGUGCUCAUCGAGGUCAACCCGCACGUCCGCAUUCCACGCACGUUCAAGAGGUUCUCGGGUCUCAUGGUGCAACUUCUGCACAAACUCAGCAUCCGAUCCGUCGGUGGAAGCGAGAAGCUGUUGAGGGUGAUCAAGAAUCCGGUGACAGAGCACUUCCCGGCGCGAACACACAAGAUCACGCUCUCGUUCGACUCACCCGUGCAGAGACUCAGCGGGUACCUGCCUAGCAUUCCUGAGGGCCACAGCAUCGCCGUUUUCGUAGGAGCGAUGGCACACGGAAAGGAUACGUUUGCCGACGGAGUGGUCGACGAGAAGAUCAGUAUCUCGGAAUACUCCUUGAGCGCCAGUGUUGCGUGCGGCAAAUUCUGUUGUGCGCUGGAGGACUUCUGGGGUGUCGUAUGA